UGGGAAUUGUUCUGUCCAUGAUGAUCCUCUGAACGCAGCCACCCUCCUCUUCAAGUGCCAAUCCACCUUUUGUAUCCCAACCAACUCUCUCCAUGCGGUCGUCCUCAGUGCCCUGACCCGGACCGCCUCAAUGCGUCGAGCAGCUGUCUUCGCCCUUCGUACGGCUCGACGAUCUGCUUUUCGCAAGCUCAUCCCAAAGACGACCCUGUCCUCCCCGAGCCAUGUCGCAGCGACUUCUGCAUACUCUACCUCACUCAUAAGAAGAUACAGUACCGGUCGGCAGCCAUUACAGGCAUCUAUGCGUUUGCCAAAACUACCUCUAGCGUUUGUGGGAACACUUGGGGCGAUAGGUGCAUGGUACGCCUAUAGAGGAGAUGGACCAGAACAGUUGCUACGAAAUCCGACUUCGCCUCUAUCAGCGCAACCUACGAGAAGCCUAAGCACAAAACCAGACAUUGCCCAGCCUACAGCAGAACCAGCGGGUGCUGCACCCGUAGCCGCGGGUCACGAGUCAAAUCGAAAAGCUUUGGUGGUCGACAACGACCAGUUUUUCACCGGGGCGAUUGUCGGUGAAGGCCCGUUGGCAAAAGAUACCGAUGAUUACGGCAGAAAGGUCCUCGAGAUGAUGACCCCAGAGCAGGCCACAGAGAAGCUACGCAAGAAUGAGCAAUCAUAUCUGGUAGGGCGUGGUCGCGGUGUGGUCAGAUAUGAUAUCGUUCAAUUACCCAGCAAUGACCCUAUCGAGGACGAUCACGCCGAGAAAAUUGUAGAAGUUCCCAACACUGUGGCUGCAACCGAAGAUGCAGCUUCUUCAGACUGGAUGUUUUGGGGCGUUUUCGACGGGCAUUCAGGCUGGACAACAUCCGCCAAACUACGUCAAGUCCUGAUCUCUUUCGCAGCACGCGAACUCAACAGCACAUACAAAGCCGCUCUUGCGAACGCAAAAUCGCCAUUCCCCUCCCCCACGGCUAUUGAUCAAGCCCUGAAAUCAGCCUUCGUCAAACUCGACAACGAAAUCUGCCUUGACAGUGUGAACAAACUGAGCAAGAAUCCCAGCAAGCGGCUCGCCGCCGAGAUCCUCGCGCCCGCUCUUUCCGGCUCAUGCGCCCUGCUAUCGUUCUACGAUUCGCAAAGCAAGACCUUCCGUGUAGCCUGCACAGGCGACAGCCGAGCCGUCCUCGGCCGGCGCAACUUGCAGACCGGCAAAUGGUUCGCCACGCCGCUGUCCGAAGACCAAACCGGCUCGAAUCCCAAUGAAGAGGCACGUAUGCGCGCCGAGCAUCCCGGCGAGGAGAACGUCAUCCGCGCCGGCCGGGUUUUAGGCAACCUCGAACCCACGCGUGCUUUUGGCGAUGCCUUCUACAAAUGGUCACGCGACACGCAGGAUCGGAUCAAGAAGCAUUUCUUCGGCCGGACGCCGCACCCAUUGCUCAAGACGCCACCGUACGUAACGGCCGAGCCCGUCGUGACGAGUACGUCGAUCGAACCGGGCAAGGGCGAUUUCGUGGUCAUGGCCACGGAUGGUUUAUGGGAGAUGCUCACGAAUGAAGAGGUCGUCGGGCUCGUGGGCCAGUGGAUCGAGCAGCAAAACAAACAAGCCAGCAAUAAGUCGUCCAAUGCGAGUACAGGCGCGUGGCUGACGAGCUGGUUCAAAUCGUCGACCCCCAGUGCCUUGCCGGUGGAGAAAGGCGGCAACAUGGAUAAGACGGGGCGGAUUCAAGUGGAUGGGAAGGGUGGCAAUGGCAAUAGACCGAUCCGCCAGGAGCAAUGGGACGUCAAGAGCGAGAACAACAGGCGUUUCGUGGUCGAGGACAAGAAUGCCGCUACGCACUUGGUCAGGAACGCGUUGGGCGGAAGGGAUAACGAUAUGGUUUGUGCGCUGUUGACGUUGCCCAGCCCGUAUAGUCGGCGGUACAGGGACGAUUUGACGGUUGAGGUUAUUUUCUUCGGCGAGGGCGAGAAUUCGGGCGCUGUGGUGAUCAAUUCGGAGGCCACGGCGCAGAACGGAGGCAGUGAGGGUCUAAAGGCGAAGCUGUAAAGGCCUCAGAACAAAGGACCUUAGAGAGAUGCAGGCACGACUCAAUGUUGCGGAAGGCAGAGAGUGAGAAGGCUCUAUCAAGGCUCAAGGCUCAAGGCUCA